AGUCCUGGAUGCUCUGCACACACAGACGCACACACACCCUUUAAGAAUUAUGCAGGGUUAUUUUUUUUAAUGCAAGAGGAUUUUAUUGUAGUUAUAUUUUUAAGUGCGCCGUAAACGCAGUUCGUUUGCAAGUCGUGUUUUUUUCGGAUUGCACUUUUUCCGUUCGCAAUGAAUUUGCGAGCUUUCGCCUUUUUCAAGAGAUCAUGGCACGUCCUAUUUGUUAUUUUUUCCGCACUGUGGGGCUUAGCUUUCACCGUGACUCGGUACUCCAUCCCGGAGGAAACUACAGUAGGAACUGUGAUGGCAAAUUUAGCCGCGGAUUUGGGUCUGGACGCGCGCAGCCUCGCGGAGCGCAACGUGAAGCUCGACUACAUCCACAACAAAAAAUACCUGGAUAUUAACAAAGAGACCGGAGACAUGUUCAUAACCGAAACGAUCGACAGAGAGCACAUUUGUCCCGCAAAGACGUCUUCAUCCUGCUUCCUUAAAAUGGACGUUGUCAUCGAAAAUCCCUUACGCAUAUUCAACCUCGAGCUGGAAAUCAUGGACAUAAACGAUAACGCCCCUCAAUUCAGGAGGGAGCGCAUACCGCUGGAUAUCUCAGAAUCAGCGAGGCCUGGAGAGAAAUUUUCUUUAACCAACGCAGUCGACGCUGAUGUUGGAGAAAACUCGAUUAAGACUUACUUCCUGAGCCAAAGUGACGAGUUCACCAUUGAGAUUCAGUCAGGAAGCGACGGCACGAAAUACGUGGACCUGGUUCUACAAGCACCUCUGGACAGAGAAAAGCAAGCUGUGCAUAGCCUCAUCCUCACAGCCAUGGAUGGUGGCACACCAGCACGGACCGGUACUGCCACAGUCAUUGUGAAAGUGCUGGACACUAACGAUAACACUCCUCAGUUUGACCGGCAGGUGUAUUCGGUCGAUCUGGUCGAAAACGCCCGGGUUGGUACGCUGGUCAUGCAGCUCAACGCAACAGACACAGAUGAAGGCACGAAUGCUGAGGUCGUGUACUCAUACACCCUGUACACGUCUGAAAAAACACAGGAAAAGUUCUCGCUGGAUCCCAAAAGUGGAGAAAUCAGAGUGAAAGGUGUGAUUGAUUAUGAGGAGUCGAGAAGUUUCGAAAUGUAUGUUGAAGCCAAGGACAAAGCAGUAAGUCCACUUUCAGCACAAUGCAAAAUAUUAGUGUUCAUCACAGACUUAAAUGAUAAUUAUCCUGACAUUACAGUUAAAUCGUUCAAAAGCUCAGUGAAGGAGAACGCACCUAUGGGAACGGUGAUAGCAGUGGUCAGCGUGAGUGACAGAGACUCUGGGGAUAACGGCAAAGUUCUUCUUUCCCUACAUGAUGCUGAAGUGUUGCCUUUUCUUCUAAAUAAAUCAUCUGAGGAUUACUUUGAACUGACUAUCAAAGAUCCAUUAGACCGUGAGAAAGAUUCUAGUUAUGAGAUCAUGCUUCAUGUUAUGGAUGGAGGAACACCUCCGCUCUCUGACAACGAGACUAUUAGCUUGGAGAUCCUGGAUGUGAACGACAACGCUCCUGAGUUUCCUCAGUCCUUUUACACGAUUCACCUUCCUGAAAACAACGAGCCAGGUGAGUUGCUCUGCUCUCUCACUGCACAUGACCCAGAUCUGAAUGAAAACCAGUACCUUGUCUAUUUCAUAGUAGAGAAAGAGAUCUCCAAUGUGUCUGUGUCUACACUGUUCUCGGUAAACCCAGAAAAUGGGAACCUGUAUGCUCUGCGUGCCUUCGACUUCGAACGUGAGAGGGAGUUUCUCUUUCACAUAGUAGCUCAAGACUCUGGUGUUCCACCUCUGAGUAGCAAUGCCACAGUGCGUGUGGUCAUUCUUGACCAGAACGACAACUCGCCUCAAAUCGUGUCACCGUGGAGGGCUCAGGACUCUGUCGUCGACCAGGCGAUUCCACGAGCUGCUGAUCAGGGCUCACUGGUGGCUAAGAUCAUCGCACUGGAUGCAGACUCAGCACAGAACUCGCGUGUCACAUACCAGAUCCUCCAGGUUACUGAUGCGUCGCUGUUUACUUUGGACCGCUACAACGGUGAGGUGCGGACUGCUCGCAUGUUUACCUACCGAGAUCCCAAACACCAGCGACUUGUGAUUGUAGCCAAAGAUAAUGGAGAGCCUCCACGUUCGGCUACAGUCACCAUUAAAGUGACCACUGUUGAGCAAGCAGUGGUUACACAGUUAACUGAGACGACCGAGAUGCCGAUAGAAUAUGACCUGUUUACAGAUUUGAACCUGUACCUCUUGCUCAGUCUGGGAUCUGUGUCUUUUCUGCUGCUCAUCACCAUUUUGGUCAUCAUUGUGCUGAAGUGUCAGAAGCCCAAACCCUCCAAAGCAGCUGUUCACAGUCGAAACAGUGUCGCCAGCCAGAGGAACUCGACCAUCGGUGACUCCACCCUCAUCUCCAGUGAUGCUUACUGGUACAGUCUGUUUCUAGCUGAAACGCGGAAAGGAAAAGUAGUGGUUCGACAGCCGUUGCCCAACGGCACCGGCUUCCUCGUGUCUAGUAUACCACGGAGCGCUGCUCUCACGACCACCAGCGAAUCGAGAUCUUCCACACUGCAGGAAUCCAGCAGUGAUCUACCUUGAUCCUGAAUCUUCCUCAUAGAUCAUCAUCCUGGAUGAACUUUUAUCUUGACCUAGUUGGAGAGGUCAUGAGACUUUCAGUUCUGAUAAACAGAUGAAAAACGUCUUACUGACUCACCCCGUUUCUCAUCAAGCUGUAACAAACAACAGCGACUUUGCAUGGCUAAGAAGAGUUUAUGUGACUAAAUUAAGUCAUGAAAGGACUCUGAAUAUCGAGAGGAAGAAAUAAGAUGGUUAAAAAAAAAUGACAAGACGAGAAGAGAUACGAGCAAAAACACAGACACGUUCAAAAUAUAUUUUUUUCCCCCUUGGAAAUUGAUCUAUCAUGCAUGAUAAACCAGUGCAACUCUGGUCAACUGGACAAAAAAAAAAUCAUCAUGUAAAAUAGAAUCUGAAGAGCACAAUUUCCUGAACCGGGCAUGUGGAUUCACUACAAAUACAAAUUUAAAGGAAAUGAUGUUGGAUGUUAGAUUAAGCCUAACCUUAACCUUAACCUUAACCUUAACCUUAACCGUACAUUACCCUUGUAACAUCUCAUGCAAAUCGUCUUGUGUGAAUUGUUACAAAUCUGCGUGUUAUAUGCAGACUUUCCUUAUAGGCUGAUUUUUUUUCUCUAAUACUAAGGCUAGAUUUUGAACAUUAAUUAAGUGACAUGCAUUGAUUCAUAAGUUAUAUAGUGACAACCUCCUGUACUCCUCCUCUUUUGGCAUGGAGUGUUUGUAGCAUAUAAUAUUGAUGGAAGCCUGGAAUAUAUACAUUAUAUAGCUCAGGUCAAAUGCUAGCACUACCUGUCGAUAUACGAUACUUUCUACCUGCACCUGAUUCAAAUCUGCUGCUGUCGAGACUACUUUAGUUUACAUAGUUUUUGUAACCCUGCUGCUUCCGAUGCGUUGAGACUACCCAAAAAUCUGUUACGUGCAGAAGUAACACGCUGACAUGCACGGAUACGUGUCUAGCUACGAAGCUUUCAAGAUGCAAUAAGUAGCAUGCGUACGUAUAUAUUAGGUCUAAGAAAAGACAACUCUUCAAAAAAUGGACCUGAGGAUAUAUGAAAGAGAGAUGGAGCUGGAUUUGCUUUGACUUGUUCCAUUUACCAAGACUUUAGAUAUCUCUUUACUUCUGAAACCAGCGGAAUAGUUAAGCGCGACUUUAUUGGCACAGUUAAUCAAAACCCCUGCAAUAACAUCUGGACAAUGUUAGAUAUGCAUAGAGUCGGUUAAGAGUUGACACUACAGGACGAACGAGACCAUAGUGACUGAAUUACUAGUUACUGCUUCUUUAGAUAUGAUCAGAACGUUUUUCUAUAACAAGCUGUAUCGCUUUGUAAUUUUCUGGCAACCUGUAAGAGGGUUUUUGAAAUUUUUUAUUGUUUUAUAAACGGCAAUGUAUAUGCGUAUAAUUAAGCCAAGAAGCGUAUUGUGUAUAUUACUGCUUUGUGUUAAGUGCAUUAUUAUUUUAUUAUUGUAUUCAUGCUGCAGUGUUCAGAAAUGCCAAAAUGAUUCGAUAUAUAUAUAUAUAUAUAAAAGCAACCAAAUGGUAUUUCAUGAAUGAAAAAAUGAGUCACUGAGGAAAAGUAAAUGGAGGAUGACUGGAAGAGAGAAAGUAAAGAGUUUGUAUUUGAAAUGUCGAUCAUGUGUUGCAGCGGUUAAAUACGCUAUGUAUCUUAAUGAGCUAAAAACAAACCUCCUUAUACUGGAUAGUGUAUAUGUGUAUAGAAUUGAUUAUAUAUGGUAUACGGCACAAUUCUAACAAUAACAUUGAACGAAAGAGAACUUGUGCCAGUGUGUUCUGGGCAUUUUACCUAAAAUAUAUUGAAAUUUGUUAUAAUUGUACUGUAUGCUAUAUAUAUUUAUGAACACUUUAGAACACCAUCUAUUGCCAAGUGUCCAAGAGGCCAGAUAUAGAACAGAAAAAUGUUGUAGUGAAAUGUACGAAAGAAAAAAAACUGUGCCUUUUUUUUGUCUUGCUUUUUUCUGUGCUCUGUGAGUGAGAUCAGAAACGAUGGUGCCCAUUGUUGGAUGUGUGACUGCGAUCUGAACAGUAUGUGAAGAUGUGCCAUCUGGACAGACUGAACAACAGUUGAUUCCGGACCUUAUUUGCAUUCAAAAGAAAUUCAUGAACAAAAAAAUUGACUUUGGUUGUCAUAGAUUUUUUCCCCCUAGAAUCAAUUUGUGUGUGCUUCAGUAUUUUACUUUUAUGGCCUAUUUGCAGAUCUUAAUUCACAGUGUCGUUACCUGGGAAAGUGAGAUGAUUGCCAGUGGAUGUCUGGACAUAAAACUUUCUAAGGCAUCAGUAUUCGAAUGUUAUUUCUUCUUUAAAGUUGCUCUUCUAAAUA